AUGUCGCCCGGCAAGACUGCAAACAUUUCAUUCGACGACAACUUCGCCAACAUCGUCAACGGUGAAGCUCGCACAAAGUCAGAGACAUACCACCAGGGAGUCAACCCAGCAACUGGCGAAAAGCUCUGGAACGUACCCAUUGCCAGUCAAUCCGACGUCGACGAUGCCGUUGCUUCGGCCCAAAAGGCAUUCGAGUCAUGGAGUGUCAAGCCCAUCGACGAGCGCAAGCAACUUUUGACAAACUUCCGCGAUGUGUGGAAUGGAUACCACGAAGAGUUUACUACACUGCUGUGCAAGGAGACUGGCAAGCCGAGACAGUUUGCCGCCUUCGAGGUCGGCGCUGUGGGUGCUUGGAUUGAUCACCAUGUUUCGUUGAGCAUCCCCGAGGAGAGACUCGAGGAUGAUGAGAAGGUCAUGACGACGAGAUAUAUGCCUCUGGGUGUUGUUGGUGCCAUUUGCCCUUGGAACUUCCCCUUGGUCCUCUCGUUCGGCAAGAUCUGCCCUGCCCUGCUGACUGGCUGCUGCAUCAUCGUCAAGCCCUCGCCCUUCACUCCCUACACCUCGCUCAAGGCCAUUGAGCUCGCUCAGACCAUCUUCCCUCCCGGUGUCGUCCAGGUGCUCGGCGGUGAUGACAAGCUCGGUCCCAUGUUCACCGAGCACCCUGGCAUCGCCAAGAUCAGUUUCACCGGCAGCAUUGCCACCGGCAAGAAGAUCAUGGCUGCCUGCAGCAAGACCCUCAAGCGUGUCACUCUUGAGCUCGGAGGCAACGAUGCCAGUAUCGUCAGAGAAGAUGUUGAUAUCGAAGCUACUGCCCCGCAGCUCGUCAUGGGCGCUUUCCAGAACAGUGGUCAGCGCAUCUACAUCCACAAGAGCAUCUACCGCCCCAUGGUCGACGCCAUGGCCAAGGUUGCCGCCAGCUUGAAGGUCGGCACCCCCGACGAAGAAGGCGCCAUGCUCGGCCCCAUCCAAAACCAGAUGCAAUACGAAAAAGUAAAGACCUUUUUCCAAGACAGCAAAGACAAGGGCUACAACUUUAUCGCCGGCAGCGGCGACGUCGAGACCAAGGAUGGCUUCUGGCUGCAACCCGCCAUCAUCGACAACCCUCCCAACGACAGCAAGAUCAUUCAAGAGGAACAGUUUGGUUUGAUUCUGCCCGUGCAGCCGUAUGAGGACGAGGAAGAGGUUAUUGCUCGUGCCAACGACAGUAAUGCUGGUCUCGGUGCUUGUGUGUGGAGUAAGGAUGAAAAGGCUGCUGAGCGCAUUGCCCUGCGUCUGCAGGCCGGCAGUGUGUUUAUCAACUCGUUCGAGAAGCCCACUCCUCAAGCUGGCAUUGGCGGUGAGUGGGGCACUCAAGGUCUGCUGUCCUACUGCAACCCUCACGUCAUCCACCUCUACAAGAGCAAGCUCUAG